AUGUUCAAAAGAACCUUGAUUUCUCAUCUUGCAUCCAACCAUUCAAAUCCAUUACAAUUUAAGUCAGCUGCGACUCGACCCUUUCAAAUUUCACACUCUUUCACAUCGACAUCGAUCAUCACUUCAUGCAAUCACUUAGUGCUUGAAAAAGAUCCUUUUAACUGCACAUUGCCGCAGUUGCAUUCCACCUCUCAACUCCGACCUUUCCGAACAUCUUUAAAUCGUAACAGUGCACAUGACAACAACGAGAGUUCAACAAAUUCUUCUCCAAACAGCAACGUUCACAACAACAACAACAACAACACAUGGAUCCAUGAACCAGUGUGGCGAGUGGUCCGACUCGAUGACAAUGGAAAUGAAUAUGAAAUGGAAAGGGGACUCACGAAACAACAAGCCGAUGCACUCGCUCAAGAAUUCACAAGUCGUCUUCACAAACAAAUGUAUUGGAGUGAAUUAAUUCCAGAACUGAGUGGUGAGAAGGAUAUAUCGGAGAAGAGAUCCAAUGAACAUGGAAAGAGACAUUUCAAAAAAUCAGCCACGAAUUUUGAUACCAAUUAUUGGUAA